AUGCAAAGAAUAUUGGAUGCGGCGUGGGUAAUGGGUAACGCUGCUUAUGACACUACGAAGCUCCCAAAGAGCAUGCUCCAGGAGAUUGGAGUUCCAUCUCAGAAACCACACUUUCCUCGAAGGCAACUUGGUGUACAUGUCAAGCGUAAAGACCAGAGAAAAACAGGACGGAAUGAGCGCAAUGCGAGAUCAACGGCUCCUAAGAAGGCUCAGUCCUUGAUUCAAGACGGUCAUGGUUUCACGCAUGAGAGAUCUACUCUCGUCACUAUUAUCGAAGGCUCUUAUCAUCAGGAUGCCGACAAUGUCAGUCAAGGCAAUUCGAGAUCGAUUCAGAAGAAAUCAAGGGUUGAUUCCGAGGCGGCUGUUGUGAGGAAGAAAGAGAGAACCCCAUCGCUCAAUCGAGAGAACUUGCGCUCAAUCUCAGGUAAAGCUAAAACUCGGCUAUCACGAGAUGACGCCGAAAUUCAAGCACUUGAGAGAAAAUUGGGUGUAAGCGGCAAGAAAGGACACUCCAAAGCCUUUGAAAACGACGGUCUGGAUGAAUUUUUGGAGGGACUGGAAGGGGUUCCUGAAAGAACCAGAUUGGGCAAAAGAAAGCGAGAUGACGCCGCGGAAACAGGGGAAGUUGGUUAUCGCCAGUCCAAGUAUCCUAACGAUGUUGCUGCCAACAAUGAAACUGUGGAUGGAUCUGAGUUCAGCGGCUUUGGCAGCAACGCUGAUGAGAAUGACAAUGAUUUGGACGCUAGAGAAAUCCUGUCUGGCGACACCGACGAAUCUGAGGCUAACACAAUCGCUUUCGAAACCCGAACGCCCCGAGCAACUCGUGAAAACCCUUACGUUGCCCCCACCCAAGGUCGAGUAAUCUCUCAAAAGACCAAAUACAUACCACCGUCGCUAAGGACAUCUCAUGACGGUCCUUCGGAGGAUGAAAGAAGAUUGAAACGGCAACUUCGAGGAUCGUUAAAUCGGCUUUCGGAAUCUAACGUUCUAUCUAUCGUUAGUGAAGUCGGGAGACUGUAUCAAAAUAGCCCCCGUCAGUAUGUCUCUAGUACACUUAUUCGACUCUUGCUAGACUCGCUAGCAGACGCCUCGGUAUUGCAGGAUACGUAUAUAAUUCUCCAUUCAGGCUUCAUUGCUGCAUUACACAAAGAAUUGGGAACAGACUUUGGAGCACAAAUGCUCAUGAGUAUUGAUGACGAGUUUAGAAUUGCAUUUGAUAAUUACACGGAAUCAGCGUCGGGCAGUAAGAAGACAACUAAUUUGAUAAGCCUACUUGCAGAAAUGUAUGUAUUUCAAGUCAUUGGUAGUGGUCUGAUCUUCGACUACGUCAGACUCUGCCUGCGCGACAUGUCUGAGCACAAUACAGAGCUUCUUCUAAGGAUUGUACGCAUUGCGGGACAACAACUGAAAUACGACGAUCCAUCUGCAUUGAGAGACAUUGCAGCUCAGUUGCACGAACAAGUGUCACUGUUAGGAGAGCAGACGCUUUCCAUACGGACUCGAUUUAUGGUCGAGACUAUCGAUAAUCUUAAGAAUCACAAAUUGAAGACAGGCAAAUCCGCCGCAUCAAUCACCGCCGAGCAUACGAGUUCCAUGAAGCGGAUUUUAGGCACAUUGAACCAACAAAGCGUCAAAGCCUUUGAGCCUCUAGGCGUUCGACUAGAAGACAUUCGCAAUCGUGAACGGAAAGGCAAGUGGUGGCUGGUAGGAGCAAGCUACAAGGGCGAUAACCCUGCCACAGGAUCACAGGGCGCCCUUCAGCAGCAAAAUGCAGGGUCUGCAACUGUCCAAGACACGACGAGUAAAGGUACAGUGGACUUGAUGCAGCUUUCAAAAUCUCUGCGUAUGAAUACCGACGUUAGACGAGCGGUAUUUGUGGCUGCUAUGUCAGCUACGGAUCCUAAUGAUGCAUUCUUGCGUCUCAAGAAACUAAAGUUGAAACGAAUUCAGGAGAAGGAAAUUCCAAGGGUGAUUGUCGAGUGUGCUGGUGCGGAGAAAGUCUACAAUCCAUACUAUACUUUCCUUUCGAAACGAAUUUGCUCGGACAUUCAGUUGAAAAAGGCAUUCCAGUUCAGCCUGUGGGAUCUUUUCAAACAAUUUGGCGAGAAUGAGCAUGGAAGUGAUGGGAGUGAUGAUGAUGAAGGAGAGUCGGGGAGCAAACUCGAACUUAGCAGCGUAGUCAACCUAGCCCGGAUGUUUGGAAUCCUCAUUGCGGAUGGCAACUUAAGUUUAGGCGUACUCAAAGUCCUGAACUUGACAUAUUUGCACGCAAAGACCAGAACUUUCCUUGAAGUUCUGCUCACGACCAUCGUCAUCCACACACAGCAUGAACAUGGUGAUGAACGCUCCGAGACGUCAUUGUUGGAGGUCCUUCUUCAACCCAAGGAGAUGCCCCGUAUGGCCACUAGUCUACAAUAUUUCAUGAAGACAAUAAUGAAAAAGAGUAACAUCGCCAGCAGCAAACGCGACAGGAACAUUGUAAAAUGGGGCUGUAGGGUAGCUAGUGGUGCGCUUUCUAGCCUAACCAUGGAGUCAACAUUAGAUGGUCGAUGA